AUGACCAUGUUGCUGCUUUCGUCCUACACACACACACACACACACACACACACACACACACACACAGAAAUAGAAAUCAAGCACACAGGGCUCAUUGGCUUUGUCAUUCGCAGCAGGAGGUACAGACUCACGCUGCAGUUGAAAGAACCUUUUGUGUCAGAAAUAUUUACUUCUUGUAUUUCCAACAAAGAGGCUAAAAGGAUGAAGUUUCCGUUCCAUGGCUCGUUGGUGUUGGCGUUGAUCCUGACUGCAGCGCUAAAGACGCUCGAUUCAGACCAGGAGCUGCAGGAUAGCGGGUUCGGUCAGCCGCCGCCUCGCCACGGCCUCAAGCUGCUGGUGUGGUACGUCCAAGACUGCCUGGACAACAACAUGGUGGCCUUGUGCGAUCCCCUCAAAGGAGAGUACGGCUUUCACAAGUUUUUUAAUAAAGGGCGCCUGCUUCCACAGAUUCGGGACAAAAGGCAGUACACGUACUACACCAUCGGAAACCUUAACGCUCCUCAUGCCAAGGAUCUGCCGUAUGAUGUCAGGAGGUACUACGACCGAAAGGACCCUGAAAGCAACAUGGACAGAGUCUUGGUGAGAUACAACAACAACAACAGACGCAUUGAGGAGAUCUACGCAUCUGCACAUUACGACCCCGCAGAGACGUACAAAAUUGGCCCCAAUCUUCUCGCCGCUCUCCGGAGGCAGACAGACCUCAUUAGCAUAGAAAUGUGAUGUUCUCCCGAUGCAGAAUCUCUCUCUGUGACAUCUUUAAUAGCUCUUUUAUUCUUACAGAAGAAUCCUGAUGGAGUCUCCGACAUUUCCUUAAACAAUCUUGAUUGACAUUUUUCAUUGCCGUGUGUCUUUGUAAAAGGAAUGUGGGGGGGGGGGAGUGCCGUACUACUUAGCUUUUUCAAAGACUUGAGUGAGGAAAGUUUGAGUAAGAGGGUUUGCAUUAGUCUGCGAACUUUUCACUCUCCGUGCACCUUGGGUAGUUGGUGAAGUAUCUUUUUUCAGAUGUGCUGCUUCAGAAUUGUUUUUCCUUAACAAAUGAUGUUUGUGUUGUGUGCAUGUGUUUGUGUUUGGUGCGGUGUGUGGAGGAAUUACUAUUUCCGUAUUUCACUUUAAAGACUGAUUUGCAAAAAAAGUUUCAGAACCAAAGCCUCAAAGUAAAGAAACGAUCACAUUUUGACCACAUACGGAAUCGUCAUACUACCAUACCAAAAUAUUUAAAAACUGGAAAUAUUAUACAUCAAUAUUGAAAACCAUCAUGUAGGUAUGUUACAACCUAUCCUAAAAAGAUUUGAUGUGAUGCAAAAUGUCAAUAAUGGCUGAAACUGAGGAAAGUCUGUGAGCAUCGACUGUUUCCUCUUUUAACCCAAAUUUGACUCUGAAGUUUUUUUGAAUUGAGUUUAUAAUGUCUGUUUGUAUAGCAUCACUAUUUCUGUAUUUCUUUAAGUCUAAUGCUUCUGUUUUAAUCCUUAAAGCCGGGGUUGCAAAUUCAAUACUGUAUACUUUGUAUUUUACAUAUGAAGCAAAGCUCAUUGAAUGUGUCCCUGUUAAAUAAAGUCAAUAAAAACAGUGACA